GAAGUGACCCGGAAACGUUAGUUCUGUCAGGGUUGUUUUUAAACAAUUUUUAAUUUCUAGUUCGCCAAAGGUUAAUUUCAAUUUUAAGCCUAAUAUUAAUACACAAAGAAUUGAUGUUUAACUGGAGACAGGUGUGAUGUGCAGUGAUGAACGGCAGCUCGAACCCGCCUCUGGAUAAAGACGAGCAUGUAUUAAAGCUCGGAGACAGUUUUGAGAAGAGACCAAAAUCAUCUUUUCACACCAUCAGAUAUGAUUUUAAGCCAGCAUCUAUUGAUACGUCUUGUGAAGGAGAUUUACAAGUAGGAAAAGGAGAUGAGGUCACCAUCACAUUACCACACAUACCAGGCUCCACUCCACCAAUGACAGUGUUUAAGGGCAACAAAAGGCCAUAUCAGAAAGACUGUGUCCUGAUCAUCAAUCAUGACACUGGAGAGUUUAUGUUGGAAAAGCUCAGCAGCAGCAUACAAGUCAAGAAAACAAGAGCUGAGGGCAGCAGUAAGAUCCAGGCUCGCAUAGAGCAGCAGUCAGUGAGAACCAACCAGCUGACCCCACAGUUUCGGGCCCCUGUCAAGCCAGGAGCAGGUACUAAGACCUCGCCGACUAAGGACAACCCUUCGCCUGAGCCUCAACUGGAUGACAUCAAACGAGAGCUGCGUGCCGAGGUGGACAUAAUUGAGCAAAUGAGCAGCAGCAGCAGCUCUUCAGACUCUGGCAGUUGUUCUGGCAGCGGUGACGAUAGCUCGUGCAGUGAUGGAGAACAGGAAGCUCACGUCUCACCCAGCAGGAACAGCGUGGCAAAUGGCACCAACACAUCACAGGCCAACAACCAGUUGAUGAAUACACUGAGGAACGAUCUUCAGCUGAGUGAAUCUGGCAGUGACAGUGAUAUCGACUGAUCUGCUCUUUGAUGUCCUGCUAUUUAAAUAAAUUGUUCUUUCUGUGUUUUA